AUGGCCAAAUCCAAGAACCAUACCAACCACAACCAGAACAAGAAGGCGCACCGAAAUGGUAUUAAGAAGCCCAAGAGCUACCGCACUCGCUCAAUGAAAGGUUACCGCAAAAACUCCCUGUUUGCUCUGGUCGGAUCGCGGAAGGCUCGUGCUGAGCAAAAUGCAUCAACAACAUCGUGA